AUGUCCUCCUCAUCGCGCAAGAUCUCCUCCGAGUCGUUCAGCAGCUCGGUGGGCUCCGACUGCGGGCUCGAAAGCCCCGGUGGAGACGGAGGGGACGGCGGAGGGUUGGAGCCGGCGGAGGAGAGCCGAGGCUGCCCUUUCUCCUCCUUCUCCUCCUUCUCUUCCACCUCCUCCUCCUCCCACCACCACAGAGCGCUCCUCUGGAACGGCCGCAGCCCCGCCGAGAGGCCGGUGUGUCCCGGGGGCGAGGAGCAGCAGCAGCAUGGACCCGGUGUACCGCACAAGAGGGUGACCAGGAGGAGAAGGGUGAACCUGGACUCACUGGGAGAAAGCCUGAAGCGCCUGACCUCACCCACGACUCAGACUGUUCAGGAGGCUCUACAGCGAACUCUGCAAUUCUACAGACAACAAGAGAUCAGGUGCCAAGAUGUUGGUAGUGAGGAGAGGCGAAAGGAGAAGAGAGAGGAGAAGUGUCCAUUCCUAGAAAAUUCUGGUUCAGAGGAGGACGUCCUACAAAUCCUGCAGUACAUGGCCACCAUACUGGGAGUACCCUUCUGUGAGCUGCGAGAGCAUUUUGGAGAAGAGUUCUUUGGCCUUUGCUUUGAAGAAAACGAACGAGUGCUUCGGGCCGUCGGCGGCAACCUCCAGGACUUUUUCAAUGGCUUUGAUGCCAUUUUGGAACACAUUCGCACCUCUACAGGGCGCCGUGCCUCGUCUGAGAGCCCCUCCUUCCAGUGCAAGGAUCCUUACGAUGAGGAGACAGGGAGAAGAAAAUUGGUCAAAGUUGGAGAGCGAGGAGAAGGAGAUGAAAGAGGGAAGGUGUUGCUUCUUCAUUGUUUCAACCCUGCCCCUGUUGUAGGAUUGGUCAUGCCAGGUUUGAUCAGAGCUGUUGCCAGGCGGAUCUUUCACUCACAAGUUGAAGUGGAAGAGGUGCCACCUCUGACUCCAUUAUUGCCCAAUGAAGAUACAGAACACACGGACGGUGACUCUGUAACUCCAACUCCGACGGCGUCUCCCUCUGCAUCACCCUCCUCAUCCCCAUCCCCUCCCUCUCUUUUCCCAACCACCGUUCCUACAGUUUGCCUAUCCUUCCAAAUCCAAGAGACAUCCCCUUCCUCCUUCUCUUCUCUCCCAAACUCUGCCUCAGUGUGCUCCAAGAGGCCCCCCCUCUCACUUUCCACCAACCCCAGUGAUCUACGCAUCGGCCUGGCCACGUUUUGCCGUGCCUUCCCAUUUCACCUUGUUCUGGGACCUCGCAUGGAGCUAUUGCAGCUUGGAGAGGGACUGAGGAGACAGGCUCGCAUUGAGCCUCACCGGAGUCUCUCAUUCAGGGACUGUUUUGAGAUUGUCUCACCGAAGAUGGAGCCUUCGUUCCGGGGAAUCCUGCUGAGGCUUGCAUCUCCAUUUACCAUUCGUACCAGGCCGGACAACACACAGACUGGCACCAAGGAAAAGGUCAUGGAGUUAAAGGGUCAGAUGAUCCAUGUGCCUGAGUCCUGCUCUCUGAUGUUUUUGGGCUCACCACGUGUUGAUAAGUUGGAGGAGCUGAUGGGCCGAGGCCUUCACCUGUCAGAUAUCCCCAUCCAUGAUGCUACGCGGGACGUUAUCCUGGUGGGGGAGCAGGCCAAGGCUCAGGACGGCCUCAAGAAGAGAAUGGACAAACUAAAGGCCACAUUAGAGCGGACUCACCAGGCGCUGGAAGAGGAAAAGAGGAGAACUGUCGAUCUCCUUUAUUCCAUAUUUCCGGGUGAUGUGGCCCAAAAACUGUGGCAGGGUCAGCCGGUGCCCGCUCGUAAAUUUGAUGACGUCACCAUGCUGUUCUCAGACAUCGUGGGCUUCACGGCUGUGUGCGCUCAGUGUACACCCAUGCAGGUCAUCUCCAUGCUGAAUGAGUUGUACACGCGCUUCGACUACCAGUGUGGGAUCCUGGAUGUUUACAAGAUCGAGACAAUAGGUGAUGCUUACUGUGUGGCGGGAGGACUUCACAAGAAGGUUGAUAGUCACGCAAAGCCAAUUGCACACAUGGCUCUGAAGAUGAUGGAACUUUCUGAAGAAGUGCUGACACCCGAUGGAAGACCUAUCAAGCUAAGAAUAGGCAUCCACACAGGCUCGGUGCUGGCAGGUGUGGUCGGGGUUAAAAUGCCACGUUAUUGCCUGUUUGGGAACAACGUGACACUUGCCAGCAAGUUCGAAUCAGGGAGCCAUCCAAGAUGUAUCAACGUUAGUCCUACAACUUACCAGUUGCUGAAAGACGACCGCUCUUUUUCGUUUGUCCCUCGUUCACGACUGGAGCUCCCAGAGAAUUUUCCCAAAGAGAUCCCGGGAACGUGUUACUUCCUGGAGGCGGGGACAUCUCACAGCCAUGCAUCACUGACCAGCUCUCGCUCUGCUCCCCCAGCCUCUAUGAGGAAAGUCUCCUACAGCAUCGGGACCAUGUUUCUAAGAGAAACAAGUCUGUAG